UAUCACUACUUCCUUAGCCAUAAAAAAUCCCAUUAAAAAAAAUCGCUCCUGCUUUCUUCCCCUGGACGCCGCGGAGUAAGCAUCGUUAAAGUCUCCCCUGCCACCGCCGCCCUAAGUCAGAGUCUCCCAAAGAGCCCGAGCAGCUACAGAAGCUCUUCAUCAGAGGUUUGAGCUUCGAAAUAACCGAUGAGAGUCUGAGGACCCAUUUCGAGCAAUGGGGAACACUUACAGACUAUGUGGUAAUGAGAGAUCCAAACACCAAGUGCUCCAGAGGCUUUGGAGCAAUGGAGGAGGUGGAUGCAGCCAUGAAUUCAAGGCCGUGCAAGGUGGGCAGAAGAGUCCUGGAACCAAAGAGGGCUGUGUCCCAAGAAGAUUCUCCAAGACCCGGUGUCCUCUUAACUGUGAAAAAGAUUUUUGUUGGUGGCAUUAAAGAAGACACUGAAGAACAUCAUCUAAGAGAUUAUUUUGAACAGUAUGGGAAAAUUGAAGUGAUUGAGAGCAUGACUGACCGAGGCAGUGGCAAAAAGAGAGGUUUUGCUUUUGUGACAUUUGAUGACCAUGACUCUGUAGACAAGAUUGUCAUUCAAAAAUACCAUGCUGCGAAUGGCCACAACCGUGUGGUAAGGAAAACCCUAUGGAAGCAAGAGAUGGCUAGUGCUUCGUCCAGCCAAAGAGGUCGAAGUGGUUCUGGAAACUUUGGUGGUGGUUGUGGAGGUGGUUUUGGUGGGAAUGACAACUUUGGUCGUGGAGGGAACUUCAGUGGUCAGGGUGGCUUCGCUGGCAGUCGAGGUGGUGGUGGAUCCGGUGGCAGUGGAGAUGGUUAUAACGAAUUUGGUAAUGACGGAAGCAACUUUGGAGGUGGCAGAAGCUAUAACGAUUUUGGCAAUUACAACAAUCAAUCCUCAAAUUUUGGACCCAUGAAAGGAGGGCAUUUUGGAGGCAGAAGCUCUGGCCCCUAUGGUGGUGGAGACCAAUACUUUGCCAAACCACAAAACCAAGGUGGCUGUGGUGGUUCCAGAAGCAGCAGCUAUGGCAGUGGCAGAAGGUUUUAAUUACUGCCAGGAAACAAAGCUUAGCAGGAGAGGAGAGCCAGAGAAGCGACAGGGAAGCUACAGGUUACAACAGAUUU